GCGAGGCGCUGCGUCCCGCCGUGCCUGUGCCGGCCCGCGGGGCUGCGGGAGCCGCUCUUGGACACCGCGAGCGGUGACUCCCCGCCGCUCCCGGGGGCUGUGACGAUGAGAAAAAUGAGGCCCAGAGGAGAUUUCUAUUCAGGAUCACUUAGUUUGUGAGGAAACCAGCCUGGAGAGAUGGUCUUGCAAUAAGUGACCUAAAUCAGGAUGUGACUCCAGUCUGUUGAUCCAGGCCUGUGAGGGAGCCAUGCAUUGUUUGCCCUGUGUUUUCCAACUGUGAAGCCACCUAAUAGCUACAAACUCAUCAAGAAGGCAAAUUAUUAGGAUAAUAGCAAUUUUUGAAUUUUGGUUGUUUUGGAGAUGCCUACUUAGAAGAGUGACAGCAGCUGGUCUACAUGUUUCAGUGCUAAACUGGUUCCUCAGGUAUCCUGGCUCUGGAAAUUGCUAUGGGAGAUUGGAUGACUAUUACAGAUCCAGGUCUGUCUGCAGAAAGUAAAAAUAUCUCUCAAUAUACCUCAGAAACAAAGAUGUCUCCAUCAAGUCUAUAUUCACAGCAAGUGCUAUGUUCUUCAAUACCUUUAUCAAAAAAUGUGCACAGCUUUUUCAGUGCCUUCUGCACAGAAGAGAAUAUUGAACAAAGUAUUUCAUAUCUUGAUCAGGAAUUGACCACUUUUGGUUUUCCUUCAUUAUAUGAAGAAUCCAAAAGUAAAGACACAAAAAGAGAAUUAAAUAUAGUUGCUGUUUUGAAUUGUAUGAAUGAGCUACUUGUACUUCAGCGGAAGAACCUUCUAGCUCAGGAAAAUGUGGAAACAAAGAAUCUGAAACUGGGAAGUGAUAUGGACCAUCUGCAGAACUGCUAUGCAAAACUUAAGGAACAACUGGAAACCUCCAGGAGGGAAAUGAUUGGGCUUCAGGAGAGAGACAGACAAUUGCAAUGCAAAAACAGGAAUUUGCAUCAGCUCCUGAAAAAUGAAAAAGAUGAGGUACAAAAAUUACAAAAUAUCAUUGCAAGCCGAGCUACUCAGUAUAAUCAUGAUAUGAAGAGAAAAGAACGUGAAUAUAAUAAGCUAAAGGAACGUCUGCAUCAACUUGUUAUGAACAAGAAGGAUAAAAAAAUAACCAUGGACGUUUUAAAUUAUGUGGGGAGAGCUGAUGGAAAAAGAGGCUCCUGGAGGACUGGUAAAACAGAAGCCAGGAAUGAAGAUGAAAUGUACAAAAUUCUCUUGAAUGAUUAUGAAUAUCGUCAGAAACAAAUCCUAAUGGAAAAUGCUGAACUUAAGAAGGUUCUUCAGCAAAUGAAAAAGGAAAUGAUUUCUCUUCUUUCUCCCCAAAAGAAGAAACCUAGAGAAAGAGCAGAUGAUAGUACAGGAACUGUUAUCUCUGAUGUUGAAGAAGAUGCUGGAGAACUAACCAGAGAGAGUAUGUGGGACCUAUCUUGUGAAACUGUGAGAGAGCAGCUUACAAACAGCAUCAGAAAACAGUGGAGAAUUUUGAAAAGUCAUGUAGAAAAACUUGAUAAUCAAGUUUCAAAGGUACAUUUAGAAGGUUUUAAUGAUGAAGAUGUGAUAUCACGACAAGACCAUGAACAAGAAACUGAGAAACUGGAGUUAGAAAUUCAGCAAUGUAAAGAAAUGAUUAAAACACAGCAGCAACUUUUACAGCAGCAGCUCGCUACUGCAUGUGACGAUGAUACCACUUCACUAUUACGAGACUGUUAUUUGUUGGAAGAAAAGGAACGCCUCAAAGAAGAAUGGUCCCUUUUUAAAGAGCAAAAAAAGAAUUUUGAGAAAGAAAGACGAAACUUUACAGAAGCUGCUAUUCGCUUAGGAUUGGAGAGAAAGGCUUUUGAAGAAGAAAGAGCCAGUUGGUUAAAACAGCAGUUUUUAAAUAUGACUACAUUUGACUACCAGAACUCAGAAAAUGUGAAACUUUUCAGUGCCUUCUCAGGAAGUUCUGAUCGGGACAAUCUUAUAGUGCACUCAAGGACACAGCAGAAGAAGCCUCACAGUGUGUCUAAUGGGUCUCCAGCUUGCAUUUCCAAACUGACUAAAUCUCUUCCUGCUUCACCUUCUACUUCAGACUUUUGUCCAACACGUUCCUGUGUAUCUGAACAUAGUUCAAUCAAUGUACUGAAUAUAACUCCUGAAGAAACUACACCAAAUCAGGUUGGAAGAGAAUGUACAAAUCAGAAAUGGAGCAUAGCAUCAAGACCUGGGUCACAGGAAGGUUGCUACAGUGGAUGCUCCUUGACCUAUACAAAUUCUCAUGUGGAAAAAGAUGACUUACCCUAGAUGUGUGGAUGGGAUUUUUUUUUUUUUCAUUAACAUGUUCAUCAGAUUUCACAUCUAAGUUGAAACAGGGUAUGCCAUAAAGUCAGUCAUCUCUAAUAAUUCAAGAUGGUCUGAGUUGUUUGUUUGGACUUCCCUGUCUUCCCCCAAAGAGCUGAAAUGCUAAAUGUCUUUAAAAGGAUAUAAAAGCUUUGGAUAUGUAUUUUUAGUAACAGAAACAUCUGGUUCUGUGAAUAAAGGAAUGUAUAGAUGUUUGGAUGGAAACAAAGCACUAGAAUGAGUUUCCUCUUUAUAGGUAUUAAAAAUAGCACUUUUAGGAAACUGAUUAUUGUAAAUGUUUAAUUUUUGUCCCAAAUAUAGUUGGCAUUGGAAGUUUAACCUUUACUUGAAUGUAUACUGUAGAUUUUUAACAAAGCAAGUUCUAUAUUUAUUAUGUUUAGUGUGAUUUUGAAAUUACCUCUUUCRUAUGUUUUAAAUAAAAUGAAAUUUAUGUAUGUUUUGUACAUAGAUAUACAUGAUUAUGUUAAGAGGCUUUAAGACUUAAAAACUUCUACACAACCAUGAGUAUAGUAAAAUUUUCAGUUGUAUUCUGUUUACAGGUGUGUUAGGACCAUUGCCACAUUGCAUUUAAGGUUGUUUUUUUUUUUUUUUAAUCCAUAUGGGCAAUAAAUAUUCGAAAAUCUGUUCCAUGAAGCUGAGUUCUUUAGAUAAUCAACAUUACUAACAUUACAUUUUUGAGAUUUUUUACAGCAUUAGAUUUUUAUUUUAUAUACAUAGGAUAUUAUAAUUUUUAAAAGACUUGAUUAUAGAGUAAUGGGGCAAGUCAACGAAAGUACCUUUGAAUAACAAUUUAAGAGCAUUGAUUUAAGAUAUUUGGAUGAUAAAGAUAUUUAAGAUGGAUGGUGAUAUUUUCCUUAUUAGAUGGGUACCAGUAAGGUAAUAAUCUAUAUCAGCUAGGACUUUAUAUCAUUGACAAUAAUUUUUUAAUAAUUUUUCAAUGAAAUAUUUAYCACUAAUGAUAAGUAAAUAUGGCAGUACAAAAGUAUUGAAUUUUAUAAUCCAGAAAUGAUACUCUGGACAGUCUUGUGUCAUUUCAUUUUCAGAACAAUCUUAGGCUCUUUUGUCUCUGUAAUGUUUCUGAUAGCAUGUUCUUCAUGAAUAGUAUAUUAUUAUUGAUAGUAAUAAUAAUACUUGUUGGCCCAAGUUCUUCCCCUGGAUUUCCAUCAAAAAGCUUUUAAGUGCCUAACCCUCCCUGCUUUUUGCUGUAUAUAAAAGCCUACACAGGUCCAGUCUUUGCUAGGUGUGGUAGUUAAGUCCCAUCUACCUUCCUGUUUUCUAGCAAUUUAACCACUUACAUAUGCUCACCCUGUUUGUAACUGUUCCAUUUAAAUUUCCAAGACUACCCCCAAAAAAAGGUUUUCAUGUUAUCCAUUCACUAUAUGUGACUCUUUAGCGUUGUGUAGCAGUGGCCAUUUUUUUUCAGGGUUGAUAGUAUCUUGAGACGUUAAUGAAUAUACUAACACUAACCCUAUUUAUAGUUCCAAGGAGCUGGCUCUUGAAUAUUAGUCACUCACUAUCUUCAGCUUGAUGCAUGGACACUUCUUUAGUCUUAAUAUUACAAAUUUUACAGAAUGUCAAGAGAGAUUCUGAGAAGGGACCUAGCUAAGAUAUAAUCAUUCUUUUGCUAUUUUGCAAUAAU